AUAAAGGCUUCAGUCAAACGUCAGCCUCCACUCUCUGCAACCACGACACACAGCCUCAGCUCGGACUGACCGCGAGAAAAGGUGAAGGUGAAGAUGACUAACCUGGAGACAUCGAUGGCGACCAUCAUCGAGGUGUUUCAGAAGUACUCGGAGAGGGAGGGAGACCGGCACAAGCUGAAGAAGAGCGAGCUGAAGGAGCUGCUCAACGACGAGCUGCCCGAGCUGAUGACGCAUGUGAAAGACCAGGCGUCGCUGGACAGCCUGAUGGAAAGCCUGGACACCGACGGCGACGCCGAGUGCGACUUCCAGGAGUUCAUGACAUUCAUCGCCAUGGUUACCGUCUGUUGCCACGAAUUCUUCGUGCACGAGGACGAGUAACGGAGGUCGACAGCGAAUUGUAAAGAAGCAGCAGCAGCAACGCGAAACCUGUGGAUAAUACAGAUGUGUUUGUUUGUUUCUUUGUUUUUUUAGCUCUAGUUCGCUAUCAUUUUAGGAAUUAUACAGAAAAUGGCUGCCAUUCUUAUCACCCCCAACAAUCAUUUAUUUGAGACUUUGAGACUUUGAGAUGGAGUUGCAGAGGAAUAAAGCAACGUUGUGUUGAGAUGACUGUA